GCACGGAGUUACCAAUUUGUACUGUGACACUCUAAGCAAUGCAUAUUCCGAGAGUGACACGAGCAGGACCAUCAUUCAAUGUGAUGUGAAAACAUCAAACGCUCCAGCCGCAAAGGUUGCCGCAAAUAUAACUGAAGGUAUAGGUUAGUUUACCUAUUGCUUGAACCUGCAAUGUUCAAACUAGUACAUUGUGCAGAAAUGUCAAUGGAGCAAAACGAAACUGAGAAAGGCGUAUUGCCAAAAAAAUUAGGGGGAGGCCCUUUUGGUCUUGGAGACCCUGAUGACAGAAGUCUGAGGAAGGUUGAAGUCGAAGUUCUUAUUCCUAAGAAGAUGAGGGAAAAAGCAAGAGUUGAUAAUUGUGCAAUUGAAACUGAAGCUUUCAAUAAAUGUUGCAAAGAUGCAAGUCUUGCAAUGGUUAUUAAAUGUAGAAAAGAAAAUGCUGCCCUUAAAGACUGUCUGGGCAGGUGGUACACAAAUGAAGCUUUCAAGCAACAGUGUACCGAGGAAUAUCUGCAGGAGCGAAGUGAAUUUCGUAGAACUGGCAAGAAACCUGAUAGCAAAGAAUAAACUUCGGGACUAUAUUUUUUGUGCAGUUUGUGAUUGUGAUAAAUACUGUAGUUAUUGCAUGCAUUUGUUUUAUAUACUGUAAAUAAUGGGAGAUUAGAGUAUUAAAGCAUUCAUUUAUUGUAAUUUUUUCUAAAACUUAAUGAAACCUAUAUAUAUAUAUUUUAAAGGUCACUUAAAAUAUAGAGCAAUAGCCUGAUACUUAUCACUAAAUUUGUUUCCUUUCCUCAUUUUAUAUUCUUUAAAAACA